AUGAUUGGUUUCAUUUCUUUCGGUGAUCUUUUGCAUAUGUUCGGACAUUAUACAAUGGUGAUAUCGCACAAUUUAAUCCCAGGUCACCUACUGCGGCAGGACAUAUGCGUAUAUCUCCAGAUAUUUCCUUUGUGCGGCUAUUUUGCCUCGUCCCUGUUGCUACUCAGUGUGGCUGUUGAU